AUGGCGGCCGAGUUAUAUGAUGGAACUAUUUCGGAUAGGAUACAUCCUCUCAAAAUCUUCGAUGCAGCCAAGAGCCAGGACAGGUUUCUGUAUGUUUCCGCACCUAUGGUGAGAUACAGCAAGCUUGCAUUUCGCCAAACUGUCCACGAAUAUGGAACCGAUAUCUGCUGGACACCAAUGAUCCUCUCCAAGGAGUUCAACCGCAACCAGUUUGCGCGUGACAGUGAUCUCACAAUUUCAACCCGCGGCGUCCAACCGCCAACGAUUGUCCAGUUUGGCUCAAAUAGCCCUCUGGAGCUCGCCCGUUCAUCCUCACUGGCCGCCCCCUACGUAAACGGCGUCGACCUCAAUUGCGGUUGCCCCCAGUCCUGGGCUUGCGCCGAAACUCUCGGUGCCGCACUUAUGGAGAAGCGCGAGCUUGUUCGUGACAUGGUCCUUGAGACACGUCAACGUCUGGCUGGUGACGGCUGGCAUGUCGGCAAGGAACGCGAUGUUGAUAGCCCGAAAGGGCGAAGUAUCAGUGUCAAGAUCCGGGUCCACAAGGAUCUCAGAAAGACGAUGGACUUCAUCGACACCGUCAUUGGUAAUCCCCAUGACCGCAACAUCGACUUCCUCACCAUCCACCCCCGUACCCGCCAAACAGCCUCUAGUAUACCCAUCAAUACCGAGUCCCUCGGUAUCCUCCUCCAAAAGUAUGGCGAUACCCUUCCCAUUCUCCUCUCCGGCGAUGUUUUCUCCAUGGCCACCCUGCCGCUGUCUACCGUAUCCAACACGCAAACGCCGUCGCAAACGCCACAGAACACAACAGCAGCCAGCGAACUCACCCCCUUCACACCGAGCGGAACCAAGCUCGCCGGGCUCAUGUCUGCUCGUGGAAUUCUCGCCAACCCAGCGCUCUAUGCUGGCUACGAGGCUUGUCCCUGGGAGGCUGUUGAGUCUUUUAUGCGUCACGUUAUCCGCGCACCCAUUCCUGUAAAGCUGGUACAGCAUCACCUCCACGAGAUGUGCGCACCAGGUAUGGGGCCGGACAAGAAAGCACUGCUCAACAAGCAGGAGAGAGCCACUCUCCAAACACUGGGCAGCAUGCUCGACGUGAUAGAUUUUAUGGACGAUGCGAUCAACCGCAAGACGGGCAGGACGGAUGGGCUUAGACGAGAACCUAUAGAUAGCUCAAAAAUACCUGUCUCGUGA